AUGUCAGCUGUCGUAAGUGAAGAACAGAUUCAAAAUACCGGCUUGCAGCCCGUGGAAACUCCCAGAACGAUUGUGGAUCCUGAAACGACGAUUUUCGUCGGAAACGUGGCCCGGGAAUGCCAAGAAGCGGACCUGCAAGCGGUUUUUGGCGACCAGGUGGAAGUGGAGAUCCCUUCCGCGAAAAACGGGAAAUCUUUCAAGCAACGUUACGCUUUUGUCAAGUUUCCUUCCAAGAUCGAUUUUGACGCUAUUAAGGCCCAAUACGACAAGACCGUAAUCAAGGACAGAGGUAUCUACAUCAGACGUGCGCAAACGGAAGAAGAACGCGAUGAAAAACGUCAAGCCCGGAUCAGCAAGUCCAGGAAACAACAAGCUUCCAAAAAUCAGGAAACAGAGGCCGCAGCCGAAACUGGAGCCGGAGCCUCUUCCCGAGACAACCAAACUGACGCCGCAGCAGAAGACAGAAAACCGGUUAGAUCUGCGAUUCCAGCACCUCCAAAGAGACAGGAAAAGCCCAGAGCACCAUUGGAGUCCAUGGAGAGAACCACAGACACGCUAUACGUCAACAACGUGCCCUACAUGGCGACCAAAGAGCAAGUGGCCGAGUUUUUUGGCACCGAGCCCGAUCUCGUUGUCAUGCCCCUAAGAAGAAUGCGCAACGUGAAAACGAAGCAGUAUUUUUACUCCAAGAAGAUGAACAGAGGUAUCGCUUUUGUCACUUUUAAAAACUGCUCCGACAUCGCUCAGAAAGUGACCGAAUUCCAAGGCAAAUCCUUCAACGACCGUGAAUUGGCUGUCGACGUUGCUGCCUUGAAACCUGCUCAUGAAGAUUCUGUUCCAGAAGAAAAAGCUACCAAGACUCAAGAACCCGUUUCUGAACCGACCGCAGCAUAA